UAAAAACAAGUUUCUCGAAAGGAUCAUACACAUACUGUCCGUACUGAUGAUAUUAAAACUUCUAUUUAUACACUAAUCCGUUUCCCAGGCUAUACUCCAUGGUUUUCUCUGCCACAAAAAGAAACAACAACAAUUUCAUCCAUUUCCAAAGUCUUUCAGAGUAACACGGUAUUGAAGAUUUGGAUUACAUAGAAUGGCUGACACAGAGGGAAGUGAGCAGAUGGAUGUUGGGGGAUCCUUGUCCACCUUCAUGAAAGACAAAUCUUAUGGUGCUGCAAUUGCAGUUCUUUUCGCAGUUGCUGUACCACUGGUUCUUUCUUCAAUGUUCGUAGGGAAGAAGAAGGUGAAACAAAGAGGCGUUCCAGUUGAAGUUGGCGGUGAACCAGGUUUUGGCAUGCGUAAUGUCAGAUCAAAGAAAUUAGUCGAUGUCCCCUGGGAAGGGGCGACAACCAUGGCUGCACUAUUUGAACAAUCAUGUAAGAAACAUUCACAACAUCGGUUUCUUGGCACAAGAAAGUUGAUCGAGAGAAGCUUUAUUGAUGGUAGUGGUGGGAGAAAAUUUGAGAAACUACACCUCGGUGAGUAUGAAUGGGAGACAUUUGGACAAGUAUUUGAGCGCGUUUGCAACUUUGCAUCUGGACUUAUUCAGCUUGGUCAUGAUCCCGAUACUCGUAUAGCUAUUUUUUCUGAUACACGAGCAGAAUGGUUAAUUGCAUUUGAGGGAUGCUUCCGUCAGAAUAUCACUGUAGUGACCAUAUAUGCAUCUUUGGGUGAUGAUGCCUUGAUUCACUCUCUUAACGAGACGAAAGUAUCGACCCUGAUCUGUGAUUCCAAGCUACUGAAAAAAGUGGCUUCAGUUAGUUCGAGCUUGGAAACUGUGACAAAUGUCAUUUACUUUGAAAGUGAUAACACGGAAGCUUUAAGUAAGAUAGGUGAUUGGCAAAUUUCUUCUUUUUCUGAAGUUGAGAAAAUGGGACGGAAUAGUCCGGUUAAAGCUAGACUACCUAUUAAGAAAGACAUUGCAGUCAUCAUGUAUACAAGUGGCAGCACAGGCCUACCAAAGGGGGUGAUGAUGACUCAUGGGAAUGUAGUAGCAACUGCUGCUGCUGUUAUGACUGUUAUCCCAGGAAUUGGGACUAAUGAUGUCUACAUGGCGUAUUUACCAUUGGCUCAUAUAUUUGAAUUGGCUGCUGAGACUGUGAUGAUAACUGCAGGUAGUUCAAUUGGUUAUGGGUCGGCAUUGACUUUAACAGACACUUCUAAUAAGAUAAAAAAAGGAACCAUGGGUGACGCUACGGCUUUAAAACCAACUUUAAUGGCAUCGGUUCCAGCUAUUUUAGAUCGUGUUCGAGACGGAGUUGUAAAAAAGGUUGAGGAAAAAGGAGGUUUGACCACUAAACUUUUUAAUAUUGCCUACCAAAGACGGUUGUUAGCAGUUAAUGGAAGUUGGCUAGGGGCAUGGGGGUUAGAAAAGCUAUUGUGGGAUGCCAUUGUUUUUAAGAAAAUACAGUCUGUGCUCGGGGGAAAAAUGCGCUUUAUGCUAUGUGGUGGUGCCCCUUUAGCUGCUGAUACACAACGAUUUAUUAAUGUCUGCAUCGGGGCUCCAAUUGGUCAAGGAUAUGGGCUGACCGAAACCUGUGCUGGAGCUGCUUUCUCUGAGGCAGAUGAUAAUUCUGUUGGGCGUGUUGGUCCACCUCUUCCUUGUGUCUAUAUUAAGCUUGUUUCAUGGGAUGAAGGCGGGUAUCUAACAUCUGACAAACCAAUGCCACGUGGCGAAGUUGUAGUUGGUGGGUAUAGUGUAACUGCCGGUUACUUCAACAAUGAGGAAAAAACAAAAGAGGUUUUCAAGGUUGACGAAAGUGGUAUGCGUUGGUUUUACACCGGGGACAUCGGUAGGUUUCACCCCGAUGGAUGCCUUGAAAUAAUUGAUAGGAAAAAAGAUAUUGUAAAACUCCAACACGGAGAGUACAUUUCCUUGGGAAAGGUUGAGGCUGCACUUGCAUCAAGCAAGUAUGUCGAAAAUGUAAUGUUACACGCAGACCCCUUCCACAGCUACUGUGUUGCCUUAGUAGUCCCUCCACAUCAAGUUCUUGAGCAGUGGGCGCAAAAUGCGGGUAUCAGUUAUAAAGAUUUUGCUGAUCUGUGUGAUAAAAAGGAAUCUGUCUCUGAGGUUCUGCAAUCUCUUAACAAGGUAGCAAAAGAUGCAAAGUUGGACAAGUUUGAAAUUCCUGCAAAGAUUAAGCUGAUGCCAGAACCAUGGACUCCUGAAUCAGGAUUAGUAACUGCUGCUCUGAAGUUGAAGAGGGAACAACUGAAGGCCAAAUUUAAGGAUGAUUUGCAAAUGCUAUAUGGUUAAAACCGAACAAUAGAUCGUACCGCCAAGAUUAUGUGUUUGCUUGCUAGCUUUUUCUCACUUAUAAUUCGUUUUUCUGAUAGUCGUCUUGACAGCCUUUUGUUUUUAUUAGGCGAUUAUUUAAUCUACGUUCUCUUCGAGUAUUCCAAAACUUGUGCUAUUCGUAAAAGUAUAGGCGGAGAACAUGAUGAAAAUUCACUUUUUCAAUACUUUCUCA